AUGGGACGAGCAGCAUUUACAAUAAUAAUUUGCCUUUCGGUGAUGUUAUAUGGAACUUCAGCCUCUCCGGAUAUGUUUCUGGAAACCUUAUCACAUGUGAAGGCUGAAUUUAAGAUAAAUCUAUUCGUUACUGUCUGCGCACGGAAUUCUCCGUCAUCCAAUCAAUUGCUGGGGAAUUUACAUGAAAGUCUAUCAGUCCAAAUAGUACACUUCUCAGAUGGGGAGGAUCCAUCUGAAAGCAUCAAUCAUUAUACGAAUAGUAAAAUUAUCUUGGAAAAAUUACAACGGAAUUUCUUACUGAUUGCGGCUAUCGACGAAAGAUCUACGAUGAAUGCAGUUUUAAAACAAGUUUUCAGAUUAACACGUCACAAUCGAAAUUCUAAGAUGUUAUUUCUAUCGAAUGAUAAUGUAACGAUGACAACGCCCACCCUAAAAGGACUCUUCCGCAGAUGUUUUGACUGGGGUUUGAUAGAUGUUGUGCUUAUUCAAAGUCAGGAUCCAUCCAAUAUGUUCACAUAUAAUCCCUUCGAUGACUUUCAGAUUGUCAAGCUAAACAAAUUAACUGAUAUUUUCACAAAUAAGUUGACGAACCUCAAUAAUUACCAGUUCAAGGUUCUGGUGAACAAUUCGCCACCUAGAGUAAUGCAAACUCAGGAAGGAGACGAAAUCAUUGGGUAUGUCGGACACUCGAUAGGAACCUACAUUAUAAAGCGAAAUGCAACCGUCAAGUUUGCACCUAGGAGAAAAGAAAAAUCUGUCUACUUAGAUAUUUUAGAACAACUGGAAUCAAGGCAAAUAGACUUCCUAUGGGGUCUUUUUCCACUCAUGUAUUUUGAACCAGGGGACUUGUCGUACCCCGUCACAUAUGAAAAAUUCUGCGUAGCAGUUCCAGUUGCUAGACAAGUUCCUACGCAUAAAAAUUUUCUGCAACCAUUUCAAAAAGAUACUUGGGUAACCAUCAUCAUCGGGAUAGUUUACAUUACAAUCGUUAUCUAUAUUGUUGCCCUAGUUCUGAACAGACGAAGAGAUAUUUCCACCGCAUUUAUCGCCUCCAUUUCCUUUAUCAUUAGUAGAGCCGAAGUCGGUCCGUUGUAUAACAUAAAUCGCUGGCAGCUUGCCAUCUAUCUACUGCUCUUUUUGUUGGGGUUCAUCCUAUCAAACUUCUACUGCGCCUUGUUAACCACAUUUUUAACCAGCCCUUCAUAUGAAAGGGAAAUUAAGACCCUCUCCGACAUUUCUGCAGCACACUUGAAAAUCUUAGGUGAGGAAAUGGAAAUGGCGUACCUGUUCGAGCAAGAAAUCUAUAAGGAGUACCAUCCUCUUUUGAGAAAACUUUCUUCAACCGAAUAUAUAAAAAUUAGGUUUACCCUGAACAAUACAAACGCGGUUUUAGUCUCUACAGAUACUUUUGGUUUCAUGAAUGAUAUACAAAGAUAUCAAAAUGACAUUAAAUUCACAAAUUCGAAAAUGUGCCCCAUGGAGUUCCACUUAUCUGCUCUUUUCAAGAAGGAAUCGCCAUUUAUUGAUGACUUUAAUAACCACGCUUUGCUAGUGCAACAAUCAGGACUUUUGAGCUACUGGAAAACAAAUAUAUUAUAUGAAGCGUUACAAUCAGGAUAUAUACAAGCGAAACGGGGUCGUAUUAUAUCGGGGCCAGUGAAAUUAACCCUAAUGCAUAUGCGAAUUCCUUUCUAUGUGUUACUCUCAGGUUUGACUAUUUCGACUUUAGCUUUCUUCGGUGAAAAACUAUAUUUUUAUUGCUACUUUAUCAUGUAUACGAAAAAGUAA